AGGGAAGUCCUCAGCAGUUGGUUUAUUUGUUUGUUUGUUGUUGUCCAUGGCUCGUGAGGCAGUUGCAGAGGCAAUUUGAGCCAUGGCGAUGAGGAAAUCGAAAUUCAAGCAGCAAGAUCCCCGGCGAGCCUUGGUUGAGCGGCACGGACUCGCGGCAACUGUUGCUGUGGCCGUUCAAGCUGCUGUUUCUUACCCUCUGGAUACAUUGAAGUCGCUCCAACAGGUGUCUGCAAAUGCAGGGAACAAUGCAGGACUAAACAUUGUUGUUGAUCCGAAGAAAGGUAUAGGCGCAGGGACAUUGGCUUCCGGAAUCAGGUCAACUGUUGGAGUAACAGGGUUGUAUGGAGGAUUAGGGUGGCACGUUUUGGGGAGGUUGCCUGCGCUUGGCACGCGGUUCGGUGUGUACGAGCUAUGUUGCGCUUUCGCCACAGAUGGGCUAGCUUCGAAUGAGGUGUCUAUCUCUGAAGCGUUCAUGGCAGGCCUUUGUGCUGGCUCUGUAGAAUCUCUUGUGGCUACUCCAUUCGAUAUCCUCCAAUUGCGUGCUCAGGUGUCGGCUGUGACAGCAUCUUCAGCAGGGGCAACAAUGUCUGGCAGCAAAUCCCCGUGGACCCAAGUAGAGCAAAGCCUUGUUGGUUUGCCUCAUGCCCAUCCAAAAAUGAUGAAUGACAUAAGGAGGUUUGCCUGGCUAGAAAAUGGAACAGGGCGUCCUCCACUCAUAAAGGAUGUAGCAGGAUUGAAGCGUCUGACGGAUGUAGAGGGACUGAACGUGCUUUGGCGUGGCCUACGGCCUGGUUUAUUUCGAGACGCUUUGUACGCGGGAGUUUUCUUUGGAAGUUGGCAGUACAUGUAUGAAAUGAUGCUGGAGUAUAAAGCCUUUCACAUGACGACCAAACCCAGCUCUGUUGAGGAUAUCCCUCCAUUGAAGCCAUGGCAGUUGAGUGUCAGUGCUGGUAUCGCUGCCUCUGGUGCAGCAGCUGUCUCCCAUGCAUUGGACACUGCGAAGACCAGGAGCCAAGCUACGGUCAUUCCUAAGCACAUCGCUAUGGAAAGAAAACUUCUCAAGUGGGUGCAGCCUGGCAAUUGGUUGCAAAGAACAGCAGGUUUACUUCCUUAUGACCAACCUCUGCUUUGGAGGGGUUUAAAGAUUCGAGUCCUUCAACACGGAUUGGCUGCUGCUGCAUUGGUGGCCUCGUAUGAAACAGUUAUGCAGUAUUUUUUGCAGCACAGCAGACGAUAAGGUCAAACUCAAAGCUUGUUUGGCAUUGAACGGAAAACUCACGCACAGCUGUGUGUCUCGGUGCAUCUUCCCUGUGAAAAUAUAUUGUUUAGCUGUUGGGCUAGUCUUGAUUGUCAAGUACGUUGAAAAAGCAUGACCUCGGCGGCAAGGAUCGGCGCUUUUUUCUCUGUAGUCUGGCAAACGUCUUGCUUUGAACCAUUUCUGCGCUCGUCCAACCAUUGGAACAAGAGCUUCAGCACUCAUGAUUUGGUGGACAGAAUUGAUGUGUCUGCAUUUUAGACAUGGUGUGCUCUGCAUAUGAUUGAGGACCAAAGAAGCGAUAUUUGUAUCUUCAACCGUAACUAUGGCAAGUGUGCUUGAAAAUUUUGCAAGCGAGGUGGCCAUGUUUAACAGAUUAUAUGCUUUGCACGUCGAAGACGUCGAGAGUUUUAUGGUGGUACAACCUCGAUAAUCUUUGAAGGCUUUUUGUAGCGGUUUUGGCCGUCAGUUAUUGAAGUCAUUAGCCUUAGUGGGUCCAUCAGUUGUUGAAUAAACCUAUGAUUCCAUUCCAAUUGCAUCUUAAAAAAACACACUUUCA